AUACAAUAAUAAAAAUGAUUUCAUUGGUCGCGCAAAAGUGGUUUGAAACGACUGAAAUUGACAUAUUCGUGUACGCGCGCUUGGCGCUCCCUUCGCCAGGUAUGCCACUAGUCGGGUGCAUUCCGAAGUCUAAAGUCUAACCUAUUUUACAAUUACGGACAAUCGCAACAAUCGUAUCAGAUCUGAUCAGAUCUCAUUGUCAGCAACACUCAGCAAGUCGUGGCAAGUCGCAGUGAUUGGCAGUGAUAACGCAUUGAAGCGAGAUUAGCAAAGGUAAAUUUUGCUGUCGACGUAUUAUCUCGAUAACAUAAAAUCUCUGCGAGCAAUACACGUCAGAUCUGUAUACCGUUUUGAGUCACAUCAUUUUAUUCUGGCAAGUAACAAAACGUGUGAUAAUAACAUGAGGUGCAGAGCAACGUGUUUUUCAUUGCGUGCAGUGUCAUUUGCGACGUGUAACUCUUAAAAAGACGAAUAUGGACUGGAAAGACAGGAUAUCGUAAGAACUCUAUAUAGAUUUUAACGAGAACGUGUGCUAGCAGUACGAGACAAGCAACGCGAGAUAGCAACAUAGGAAAGAUGUCUUUGCAACAGUGGAUGCACAUCCGACACAACAUUGACAUAGUAUGGAAGACCUUCGUCAGGGAGUCGUCUAAUGUAGAGGAAAAGUCUCCAGAGAGGUAUAUUCGUCAGUUGGCUUUCCAAGGAAACGAAGCAAAGGCUACCUAUGAAGAGAUCGUUCACCAAACCAGCAGUAGCAAUACACCGCCGACAAGAUCGAAACAUUCGAGAUCAAAACACACUGCAAGCCAAGACAACUCUGGCACAAAUCCGACUUCUGUUGCACAACCAAAGAAGAUUACGCUCUCCGACGAUAUCCCAGCAAAAGUCACGAUCAACACAUUGUUAAAAGCAGUGGAGCAAAAGGACUUGAAGUUCCUGCAGAAACAUAUGACAACGGAAAAUGUGAAUGUGUCCGAUGACUUCGGUUGGACCCCGUUAAUGUCCGCCGCGUACUGUGGUCAUUUGGAGAUUGUGCAGUUCCUGCUAAAUCUCGGGGCUAACAAAAGAACUAGAGAUAAGUCUGGUCUCACUGCAGCCCAAUUAGCGUUAAAAAAAAACUAUUUGAGUAUAGUUGCACUGUUGAAAAAGAAGUCCGACUCGAUAAAUAGUAUCAAUCAGUUAUCAGCAAAUAUUCCAAAUGCUUUAUCAGUGAGAUCAAUGCCUAUAGAAUCUCCAAUAGAGCAUAAUAAAGAUGAUAUUAUAGAAGAGAAGACACGACUGAAGCAGAAUGCAGCGUUUUAUUGCGACAUCUGCAAAGCAACCUUUCAAGAAACGACGCUGCAAAAACAUGAAACUUCUACUCUACACAUCUUUAACACCAAGCCAAAACUGAAACUUGCAAUGUAUGGAAUAUCAAGGCAAAAUAAAGGAUACAGAAUGCUCUUGAAUACAGGAUGGGAUGAGGAAGUUGGUCUUGGUCCAUCUGGAAAAGGAAUAAAAUAUCCAAUUAAAACAUGUUUGAAAAUGGACCGUAAAGGAUUGGGACAAUUAGUGGAGAAUGAAUACAAGAUUACUCAUUUCAAACCAGGCGAUACAACUGCCAUUAACAGCUCUAAACCUAAGCAGAAACCUUUGAAGAAAAGAGAUAGGGAAAGACUACUUCACAGAGAGGCUAGGAAAGAAAGAGCUUUGCGUAUAGCAUUAUCUUAAAUAUAAAUAAUUCUAAUUUUGAAUGUGAUAUUUAUUUCAAGAGUGAAUGUAAUGAAAAUAACUUACUGUUCUUAUAUACUUAUGCUUAUGACUGAGCAUCAAAGAUUAUUGGAACACUUAGAAAAAGUUGAAAACAAAGCUGGUGAAAUUCUUACUGAUCGCGAGGAAAUAGUCGCUCUAGACAAAAGAAGAAAUGAUAAUCGUGUUGGAAUGAGGGCACUUCAAAAACAGUCUCAUGAUAAAACAUGGAUAACAGUGGGACCGUUGCUCUUAAAGAUGCCAUCUAAAACAGCUGAAGAACUACUUGAGAAAG